UGGAAAGUAGUCAAUCGGAAAAGAAAGAAAAACAAUAGUCAAGGAUCAUUUACGGAUAGUGGAAAGGAGGAUCACGUGAGUAGGAAAAAUAUAGAGGAAUACAAAGUAAUGAUGAAAUUUGCAGAACCUGGUAUGACGAUAAACCCGAUUAAACUGACCAAAUCUCUGAACAAAGCGUUAGGAGAAAUAAAUAGUGCAAAGACUCUGAGAGAUGGAAACUUGAUUAUCAUGUGUAAGGACGAAAAACAACAAAAUAAGGUACUAAGUAUAAAUUCGAUGCUUGGAUACUCGGUAUCAUGCACAUUGAUGAAGACGAAGCCUUGGGUUAGAGGCGUAAUAACUGGAAUUCCUACUGAUGUACAUGCUGAUAAAAUUAAAAGUUGCGUUGAAGGGGGGGAAGGUAAUGGAGCAAAACGGCUUCAAUAUGUGAGAAAUAAAGAAAGGAUGGACAGUCUAUCGGUUAUGCUUCAGUUUGAUGAAGAAAGAAUGCCAGAGAGGGUAAAAAUAGGAUAUGUAAGUUAUCCAGUAAGACCAUACGUACCUCCUCCACUUAGAUGCUUCAAGUGCCAGAAGUAUGGACAUGUUAGUGCAGUUUGUAGAGGAAGACAACGUUGUGCGAGAUGUGGGGGUGAUCAUGUAUAUGGUAAAUGUGGCGAAGGAGCGAAGGCAAAAUGCUGCAACUGUGGAGGUGAGCAUAGUGCUGGAUUUGGGGGAUGCAUUGCUCACAAACAUGCUGUGAAAAUUCAAAAUGUGAGAAUAACUGAGGGGUUGACUUAUGCUGAAGCAGCCCAAAAAGCAAAACAAAACGAACAGAUACAGAGAGAGAUAAAAAUACAAGAAUGGACUGGGAAUACUGUGGCUCAGAGAAAGACAAAAGAGGAUAGUUUGGUGAUCGGGAAAAUGGAAUUUGUUUCAUUUAUGGCUGAAGUGGUAAAUUGUUCUGCUCAAACAGAAAGCAGAACGGAGAGAAUUAAAAUCAAAAUAAGGGCAGCUGAGAGAUACUUGAAUGUAGCAGGUGUAACGUUGGAAAAAAUAAAUGACAUGCUAAAGACUCAAUCUAGUACUCAAACAACAUAUGGAAGUACAUAAUAAUAAUAAUAAUGCUUUUAACGAUUCUGCAAUGGAAUGCCAGAAGUCUUAUAGCAAAUGGUCCAGAAUUUAAAAAGUUUAUAGAUCUUUUAAAUAAGAAACCAAACAUAAUUUGUGUACAAGAAACAUGGUUAAAACCUAAAUUAAAUUUUGUUCUGCAAGGAUAUAAUAUUGUAAGAAAAGAUAGAAAGACAGGUAAUGGAGGUGGGGUGGCCACUUUUAUAAAAAAUGAAUUAGAAUACAGAGUCAUUAAUGAGAUUGAAGAACAUGAAGUGGUGGUUAUAGAUGUAUAUGCAGAGAAACAAAAUAUCAGAAUAAUAAAUUAUUAUAAUCCUUGUCGUAGAUUAAGUAAAGAUUUAGAAAAGGUUAUUGGGUCAGGAAAUCAUAAAAUAAUUUGGUGUGGAGAUUUU